CAUUCGCUGCACGUCGUACGUACAUCGCUUCGUGUAUAUGCGAACGCACGUGAUUUUGUAAUUUCGCGUAGUGUAAAAUUUUCGCCGGGGCGAACUCGGAGGAAAAUAAUCAAACCGAGAAGUUUAAUUUAUCAUGGACACGGAGGACGAAGACCGCGAGACAAAGGAGAAAAGAAUGUCGGCAAAUGUAAAAUUUAAAGACAAUGAUAUAACGGUAAAACACGACGAGGACUUUUCCGAGGUAGAAGAGCAAUUUUUCGACUCGGAAAAAAAGGAAUAUUACGAAAAAGAAACGGAAGAAAUGACACAAGAUUGGGAGAAAGAAGCGAAGAAGAGAGUUCAUAUAGAAAUGAAUGAUCAAUCGUCGACAAGACGGAAAACCAUCUACGAACUCGACUCUUACGAGUCCUCCGCUGGACCCUCAGCGGCCGACAUACGGAAAUUAGUGAAAGAAACGGGAGAAUUAGAUGAAAAGGAAGAGGAGGAGGAACCUCCAAUGAAAAAAGUCCGAUAUUCCGUGUCGGUGGGAUUGCCGGGAAUAGCGAGGAUCGAUUUGUCACCGCUGACGCAGAAAAUCAUCGGCUGCGUCAUCGACGAGAACGUCACCACCGAAUAUCCGUGGAUGUACGUUCGAAAGGAAAUCAUCGAGGAUAAUUUGGAUUUGCACGCGGAGAGCAGCGACUUUCUGCCGGUGAAGGACGAGAUUCUCGCGUUUUCCGACUCGAAAAUUCUCAUCGGCUACGCGCCCUCCUUGACCAAGGAAGGUCAAUUUUACAUCGCUCUCACGACAGAAGGCAGAGACGCCAUGAUGAGGCGUAUACAAAUAGAGAGAGAGGAUCACGAAAAUCGUGUGAAAAACGCAAUUUACAAAACGAUCGGCGAUUGGUACAAUUGGGGAAGCGACAAGGAGAUCGAAGCUAGUAUUGUCCAUCCCACAAGACCGCUUCUCGAGAUUGAGGCAAUGUGUGACGCGGAUGUGUUGAACAAGCCGUUGAAUCUAACGGACAGAAAGGCGGACGACCAAAGGGACGGGUACGUCGAACUGUUGCCGUACAGUCAUCAAAUAUUUGAGAAUGUGUGGCGUAAAGUAUACAGCAGGCCUACGCAAGUGAUGCCGAUCCCGCAAAACAACGAGGUGCAAACGGCCCCAUCGAUUCCCGCCAACUCCUGGAUCCAAUAUCUAUACGAAUACCAGACGAUUGAUUUGUCCGCUUACGCCGAGGACAAACUAGAUUCCUUCAAGUACUUCCUGCAACGUUACACCGAUGACAUGUGCGAUCAACUUCUAAUAAACUCCACGUGGGACAUCUACACCAACGAUUACGCGAAUCUGGUGCGCAGUGAAAAAGAUACGCGCGCGCCGGUGCCCGUGAGUUUCAAGGAACACCAGAGCUACCACGAUGGAAAGAUCACCAUGGACAAAGUCAUCAACGAUCUCGUCUGGCAUCCGUUUUGGACCGGAGUCGCGAUAGCUACUUACACGCAACACGCCAAAUCCGAUUAUCUGAUUGGCCCGAAAGCUUACGACGAGGUAUUGUUAGCCUGCGAAGGCGAUAACCGAGUGCUGAUAUGGUCGUUCACCGACUCUUUGUCACCAAAACUGAUCCUCGAAUGUCCACGAGAAGUGACGUCCAUUACCGUUUGUCCUUUUGAUGGCAGUGUCGUUAUCGGUGGCUGCGCAAACGGCCAGAUCGUCAUUUGGCACAUUCCCGGCAAACUCGAGCAAGUGGAGGCGGUGGUGACGAAGACGAGCGCCCAGGCGAAAUACAGUAUCGCCAUGAGAAGUUUGAUGAUGUGGAUGCUCGAUACGACGAAGACCUCGUAUGUCAGUCCGACGGCAAUGUCCUCGCUGAAGUACAGCCAGAAGGCGGGCAUCACCAAGAUAUCCUGGACGCCGCCGCAUUACAAGAUCGACAAAAACGGCAGGAUCGUUUCUUUACCGGAGGACACGCCCUUGGACGAUCUGUACUGGCAGAUCGCAACCGCCAGUCAAAACGGCACGAUCGCCUUCUGGAAUCUCAAAUGGAAACCGACGGAGAAGGAUAUACGCGAAGCCCUUGGCAAGCCGAAGAAAAAGAAACCGCACAACGACGAGGCCACCACGUCGCCCUUCAAGAUCUUCGAUCGCGUCUUCAAGCCCGACUAUAUCCUCGUGGUUCAAUAUCCGGACGAGAGCCGGCAAGUCGUGAUAACGACGUUGAACAUGUGCAAACCGACGUUCCGCAGUGUGCAAGUCGAACCUUACCCGACGAGGGACGACAUUACAAUUAGAAAGUACUACAAAACGAUCGUCGAAAAGACGGACUUCUUGAUGGAGCCGAAGAUACUCGUCGGUACUGCGGAAGGUGAUUUUGGCUGCAUAACGUGGGACGGCUACGAAUUCGCCACCGACGUCAGCGUGAAUCGCGAAACGGCGCGAUGGCUCUGGAUAAAGAGGAUACACGACGGGCCGAUCACGUAUUCGUUCAGAUCGCACUUCUGUUUCAACGUGGUGGUCACCGUGGGCGGCAAGAUCUUCGCCGUGUGGAGGGAAGAUUACGGCGAGCCGUUUUUCUGGAGGAAGUCCAACGUCGGAUACACGGCGUGCACUUGGGGCAAAUAUCGUCCCGUACUGUGUCUGGGACGAAUGGACGGCACGGUUGAACUGUGGGAUUUGUCGAUCAAAAGCCACGAGCCGAGUAUCACGCAAAGUGUUGCCGGACGGAUAAUUACGGGCAUCUACGUUCAUCAGUUGCCGAUAGAGCCGCAUUGUGUCGGAUUUUGCGAUUUUACCGGUUCUCUGAGGAUAUUUAUGACGCCGCGCGUCUUGGUGAGGCAUGACGUGAGCGACAUCGAGUGGUUCGAAAAGUUCGUCGACCGACAGGUUCAAAGGAUGAAAGAGUUUAAGGACUGGCAAAAAGCGUGGCGCGAGACAAAUCUUGAGCGCAUAGAGAUGGAAAAGAAGCUGAGGGAGGAGAAAAAGAGUCCGGAGAUCGAGAAGAAGAUUAAGAUCGAGACGACCGAUGCGGAAGUUCGCGCGACUACACCUACGAAACCGCGGCGAAAACCCUGGCAGUUCAUCGAAGAAGCCAAGAAACGAUGGUUGUCAAUGGACGUAAAGCGCAUGCAACGAUUGAUUCUGGAAAAGAAGGGUCUGCGCAAGGACGUUCUCGAGAGACAGCGCGAACCUCUCCUCAGAUUGCGGCAGGAGGCGAGGACAAAAAAUCGCAAGAUACGCGAAAUUCUGAAUCUACAGAACAAGAUCUUCGAAGAAGCCGUCGUGUUCCUCUUCCCGGAGCAGGAGCACAAAGAAGCUCUGGUGCUGCCCCCUAUAUCCCCGACACCUUCGUUGGUCGAAAGACCGAUCGAGGACGAGCUCGUUAAAAAAAUCCCUGCUUUCGAACCGGAGGAAGAAAUUAUAUACAAUUUUCUGGAAGUGCAAACCGAAGCUCUGGCGAAAUUGAAGAUCACGCCUUUCAAACGCAUGUUCGACUGGCGAGCUGUAAUCGCGGAAGGAAGGUCGAGGAGAAGAUCGAUGGACAUCGAACUCGCGAAGUUAAACAAGCCAAAGAAGAUGUAUAAAGUAGAGACGGUUCCGUGAGCGAUGCAUCGCACGUCGGCACCACGAUACAAAACACACGGAAAAACGAAGAGAAAGAAGUCGGAAGCGCGAAAAAUUAAUUUUCAAGAAGCAAGCAAGGGAGUAAACUACGCGAUCGCGUCGUGUGCUCUUCGUAUAAAUUUAUUCGGAGAUUCGUUUGUGUUUUUCGAACUGUAAUCGCUGCAACAAUCGAGGCGCGUAAUUGAAGUCGUUAUCCCGUCGUUUUCGACGGAGACGGAGAAAUAAACGGAAUUCGUAAUACGCGAUUUGUGCGAGCUAUCUGAAUAUUUGAAAACUGCCGCGAGGAAAGGAAUGAUAUAUUUGGGUCGAGAUACUCUUACCGCGCGAUAUCUGAAAGAGAAUGCAUAUCUUUUCUAUAUCUUCGGAUGUCGCAGGACCUAAUGUGCAUGUCAUCACGGUAAUUGAAUAUGUCGAUAAACAGGAGAAACGCAUGACAGCCAAGGAAAUGGAAUGUCUUGGAGAAAUGUAGGAGUGGAAUAUUUUUGUCAACGUCCGCGCGCACGAGAGAGAAAAAGAG